GUAUCAGCAGAUCUCCCCCCCUCUCUCUUUCUCUCUCCCUCUCUCUCUCUAUCUCUCUCACACACACACCCUCUCUCCAGAUUGCCCUGUGCUGGCUCCGCUCUGCUCUGUGGAGCUGGGGCUUGGCUGGAGCGACUCCAAUCUCAAACACCUUUAUAUACUUCUGCUUUUUUUGUGUGGUUUUUGUUCCUGCUGCAGCCAGGGAGAUUCCGAGAGAGGAAGACUGCACUGGAGAGAGUGGGGAAGAGAACAGAAGACUCUGAAGCUGCACUAGCCGACCAGUGAACAGGAGAGGCUGAUAAUCAACCUCAGAAGAGAAGCAGCAUAGACAGACAGACAGACAGACAGACGGACGGAUACUGCAGCCAUGUCUUCACACGUCAAGUUGAGAAAGGAGAGAGGCACUAUCGCUGAAUGUGAGACUCAGGUCAAAGAGAUCCGCUCCCAGAUGGCUGAGCAGCUCAAGUCUCUGGACCUGCAUGUGGAGAUGCGGGUUCAGCUGCUGCAGGACCUGUCCGAGUUCUUCCGCAGGAAGGCGGAGAUCGAGACAGAGUAUUCCCGAGGGCUGGAGAAGCUGGCAGAGAGAUUCUCAUCCAGGAUCCGCAACUCCAAGGAGCCUCAGCACUCCAGGAAGGAGCAAGACCUUCUCUCUUCAGUGAGCUGCUGGCACCUGAUCUUGAACCACACCAGGCAGGAGAGCCGGGAACACGCAGUCCUUAGCGACACCUACAGCAACAGCAUGGUUGUGAGGCUCUGUCACAUCACAGAGGACACCGGCCGCCUGUCCAAGAAGAGCAAAGACAUCGGUCUGCAGAUGCAAGAACAGUUGCUCAAAGUGACCAGUGAGCUUCAGACAGCUAUGAAGACCUAUAACCAGUACCACACUGACAGCAUGAACGCGGAGGGGAAGCUGAAAGAAGUUGAGAAGCUGGAGGAACGUCACAUGGGCAAGUCAGCUGACCCGGGGCUCGGCCAAUCAGGCGUUGACGCCAAGCAGCAGCGGUCGAGCACACUGAAGAAGAUGGAGAGGCUGAAAGAAAAGAGGCAGGCAAAGUUCCUGGAGAACAAGCUGAAGUGCACGAAGGCUCGUAACGACUACCUGCUGAACCUCGCUGCAGCCAAUGCAGCCAUGAAUAAAUACUAUCUACAGGACGUGUGCAGCCUGAUCGAGUGCUGUGAUCUGGGGUUCCACCUCUCCUUGGGGGUGACCCUGCGGCUGUACCUCUCUGCCCAGUCCCGGGUGCAGCAGUCCCAGCAGGAGGCCGUGGGGGUGCUGGAGGGUGCGGUGCAGGGCCUGGACCCCCCUGGUGAUCAGAAGAAGAUCCUGGAGAUGAACCACACAGCCUUCUGCCUGCCCUUUCGCUUCGAAUACCAGCCUCACGAGGGGGACCAGGUGUGUGUGGUGAGCGCAGAGGCCCAGGUGAGGAACGAGCUGGUGACUCGGUUCCAGCAGCUGCAGUCUCGCCUGUCCAGCGUGAGCCUGGAGACGGAGGAGGUCAAUAAGACCAUGAAGGCAACACUCAAAGCCCUGCUGGACUCUUUCAGCUUUGAAGACUUCAGCUCUUCCGAUUCCCUCCAAACCAGCCAAUCAGCAGAGUCCGUCAAGAGCUCGGGCUCAGAUCCGCCCGGCAACAAGCCCAACAUAGCCAAGAGGAGAGCCAAUCAGCAGGAGACUGAGAGCUUCUACUUUACAAAAGUGAAGGAAUAUCUCAGCGGAUGCAGCCUGAUCUCUAAACUGCAGGCCAAGCACGACCUUCUCAAAGAGGCCAUCGAGAAAGCUGAAGGGAUCGACAGCGACCCCUCCAGGCUCCAGUGCUCCAACAGGUCUCUGCGUGUCAGAAAGCAGCGACCGUGCUCCCAGUACAACCACAAACUCUUUACUGGGGACCUGCAGCAGUUUGUGGAGAGCUCUGGUCAACUGAUCCCUCUAGUGGUGGAGAGCUGCAUUCGAUUCAUAAACCUGCACGGGCUGCACCAUGAGGGCAUUUUCCGGGUCCCAGGGUCACAGUCGGAGGUGAAUGAAAUCAGGAACGCCUUUGAGAGAGGAGAGGACCCCCUGACUGACUUGACGGAUCACAACAUCGACUCGGUGGCCGGAGUGCUGAAGCUCUACUUUCGAGGCCUGGAGAAGCCGCUCUUCCCACAGGAGAAAUUCCAGGAGUUAGUGGAGUGUGUCCAGAUUGAGAACAAGCUGGAGCGAGCGUGUCACAUCAAGAAGGUCGUGGGCUGCUUCCCUCAGGCCGUGCUCAUCAUCAUGAGAUUCCUCUUCGCAUUCCUCAACCACCUCUCUCAGUACAGCGAUGAGAACAUGAUGGACUCCCAUAACCUGGCAGUGUGUUUCGGACCCACUCUGGUCGCAGUGCCACUGGAUCAGGAUGCGGUGUCGGUCCAGCCCCGUGUGAACGAGGUGGUUAAGACCAUCAUCAUGUUCCACGAGAAGAUAUUCCCCGGGGCACGGGAGCUGGAGGGACCCCUGUACGAGAAGUGCAUGACUGAGGAGGAAGAGUACUGGUGAGGGGGGCUU